CACGGGCCUCGUGUUUAGUAACACUUCGAACGCUUGACGAUCUCCACAUGUGGGGAGAGUGCUGUGCCCGACGAUCGCAGCAGCAGCAAUUCAGCGUUUUCUUUUCGUGUGUGUUUUGAGAUAGAGAGAGCGAAAUACAGAGAGAGAGAUUGCAAGAGUGAGACAUAUAUAGUUUGUGCGUAGGACCAAAGGACCCAUCGAAGAUGUUACCCAGAGAUCUACGGCAUCUCUCGGGUCUGCUGGGAGCCGUGUAUCUGCUGGUUGGCGUUGUGUCCUUUGCGGAGGCGGCAAAGGAAUGCAACACAACGCUAUGUGACUGCAAGGGCAUCAAGGGACGCAUGGGAGCCAUUGGACCGGCAGGUGUGCCCGGUAUGGAGGGUCCGCCCGGAGACACCGGACCAUUUGGACCGCCCGGUCCACUCGGAGAGAAGGGUGAUGUGGGCGAGUACGGCGAAGUUGGCGAGAAGGGACAUCGGGGAGACGUUGGUCCGCACGGACAAACAGGUUACCCAGGCGCAAGGGGUCCCCAUGGCGAAGACGGCACGGCCGGACCCCGCGGCAUUGACGGCUGCGACGGUCGUCCGGGCCAGCAGGGCAUUGCCGGACCACCCGGAGACAACGGCCUGCGUGGACCCAUGGGCAAGCAAGGCGUCAAUGGUGCUCCCGGUGACGCUGGCGAAGGUGGCAUCAACUCCAAAGGCACCAAGGGCAGUCGCGGUGACCACGGGCCGGCUGGAAGCGACGGCCCGCCUGGUUUCGAAGGCGAUCGCGGUCAGAAGGGAGACACAGGCUUCGCCGGCAUCACGGGCGAGAAGGGAGACCAGGGACCCGAGGGAUUCAAGGGUGAGACGGGCGAGCCAUCGGACCUGCCCUACACUCUGCAGGGUCUUCCCGGCCUCAAGGGUGAGCCUGGCGAGGGUGAGCCCGGCGCCUUGAUCUACGACGACUCACUAAAGGGCUACAAGGGAUACAUUGGUGAGCCCGGUGAUGCGGGCCCGAAAGGACCCUCUGGCGAGCAGGGCCUGUACGGACGCGCUGGUCUGCCCGGUGGCAGAGGCGACACCGGUGAGCCCGGCGAACGUGGCAAGCCCGGAAAAGAUGGCGAGGCUGGUGUGCCCGGCGACAAGGGCGCUAAAGGUGCUCCCGGCUACAACGGUGAGGACGGACUCGACGGCCCCAAGGGAGAAAUUGGCGAGGAUGGUUUCGACGGCAUGCCUGGUAUUCAAGGACUUCCCGGACCGCCGGGUAUCUACGACCCCAGCUUAAGUCAGUCCUUGCCCGGACCCAUUGGUCCCCAGGGUGACAUCGGACCCGUGGGCAAUCCUGGCCUCAACGGAGUUCCCGGCAAGCCUGGUCGACGUGGUCCCCCUGGCCCGUCCGGCUCUCCCGGAGAGCAAGGUUUGAGUGGCAACCGAGGACCGCCCGGCCGCAGUGUCAAGGGCGAAGAAGGUGACUACGGCUUCAUAGGACCUCCCGGACAGCAGGGACCAGCUGGCGACGCUGGGCCUCCCGGCCGUAUUGGUAUCCGUGGUGAUCCUGGCUUCAAUAUUCAGGGCCUCAAAGGUCAAGCCGGAUUAAAUGGUCUGCCCGGAGUCGAUGGCUAUCGCGGCGAACGCGGCGAGGUAGGAUUACCCGGUGACAAGGGCUUGCCCGGAGUUGGCUACAACAUUGUGGGACCACCCGGCUCCCAGGGACCCCCUGGAAUACGGGGUCGUCCAGGUGACGACGGCCUCCCCGGUUUCCGUGGAUGGAUCGGCGACAAGGGCAUACGUGGCGACGACUGCGGAAUCUGUAAUGCCGGACCACGUGGACCACGAGGACACGAGGGCGACACUGGAUACCCGGGCCAGCAUGGAGAUCGAGGCCUCAUCGGUAUAACUGGGGCCCGUGGAGCCAAGGGCAUACAGGGAAGACCAGGAAAGCCUGGAUUCAAGGGUAUUCGUGGCACACAAGGCAGCCCCGGAGAGCCCGGCCAGACAGGACGGUCUGGUCCCGACGGUUUGAUCACAGAAAUCGGUAGUCGAAGGGAAGCCGAGCGUGGCGACGAUGGCGAUUAUGGCCGCCGCGGCGACCAGGGCUUGGAAGGCGACAAGGGUCUGCCCGGCUUCCAUGGUGCAUUCGGUGCCCGAGGAGAGCCUGGACAGCGCGGUGACUACGGUGAUGCGGGACGUCCUGGAGUCGAUGGACGCCCCGGUCGUCCUGGCCGAAACGGAAAGCCUGGCCUUCAGCCAAACACCCCAAAAAUAUACCUGGUCGGAGAGCCCGGCUACAAUGGACGCCGCGGAGAUCGUGGAGAUGAGGGCAGCCGCGGCCUGAAGGGCGACAAGGGUGAGCCGCAUCCCGGUGAGAUCUACGACAACAGAGGCGAACCUGGAGAGCUUGGCGAACCAGGACUUCCCGGCUUCCGUGGACCAAAGGGCGAGAUGGGAGAGCCUGGCCUAGCUGGUGAAGUUGGAGAUGUCGGCCCGGUAGGUGACACCAUUGAGGGACCCAUUGGAGCCAAGGGCUAUCCUGGCUUAACGGGCGACUACGGACUCCAUGGAGCGCCUGGUCUACCUGGCCUUGAGGGUGCGCCUGGCCUUGACGGUGUGCUCGGCUACAAGGGACAGCGCGGAGAGCCCGGCCCGUAUAUUCUUCCCGGUGAUAUAGGCAUACCUGGACGAGCAGGCAUCGACGGGUUGCCAGGUGACGAUGGCCCGCCUGGACCUUACGGACCACCCGGCAUAAGUGGACGCAAAGGAGCUAAGGGUGAAACGGGCCCGGCCGGGGCUACCGGAUUCACAGGACUUCCCGGAAACAAAGGCCAGCGCGGUGACUACGUUCAAGGUCCGACCGGACCCAAAGGUCAACCUGGUCGUACCGGUCGACUGGCAGCGCACGGCGUCAAAGGACAAAAGGGCGACGUUGGCUACUCUGGACAGAGUGGUCAGAAUGGAGCCAAGGGCAACAUUGGCUAUUCUGGCAACCGCGGUGCUCUCGGCAAUCCUGGACCCCAAGGCGUGCCUGGUAGUGCAGGUAUUGGCGGACUUCCGGGUAUGAUUGGUGACAUGGGAGAUCGUGGCGACAUCGGCUUCGAUGGUCGUCCUGGCGACAUUGGCCCUCGUGGAUCCGUUGGAGACAUGGGACUGAAAGGUGUAACUGGUGAUGAGGGAAAGUUCGGUUAUCCUGGCGCCAGCGGCUUACCUGGCCGGAAGGGAGAACAGGGCGACCGUGGCUUCCCCGGAAGGGAGGGUGCCAAGGGCGUGGCCUCCUACAGCGGCAUCAAGGGCGACGGAGGAGAGCCCGGUUGGACUGGUCCACCUGGUUACAAGGGUGCCGCCGGCUCGAAGGGAGUGCGAGGAUCUAUCGGCGACUCUCCGGUUGCAGUCGAUGGAAACUUGGGCCGUAAGGGUGAGGCUGGCAAUCCGGGAUACAACGGACUGCCUGGUCUGUACGGACAGAAAGGUGUUCGCGGUGAUCGUGGCUUCAGCGGAAUGCCGGGCCAACAAGGACAAGACGGCGAACAAGGAUUCCCCGGCUACCGUGGUCGCAAUGGAGCUCCCGGCCCCAAGGGAUCGCUUGGAGAAAGAGGUCCCAAUGGUUCCCUAGGUCCACAAGGAGAGAAAGGCGACGAUGGCUACCCGGGCCAAAUGGGACAGAUCGGAGACCAGGGUCGUCAGGGUGAACCAGGUCUUACUGGACCACAGGGACAGACUGGAGACGAAGGUGAGCUCGGCUAUCCCGGACGACUUGAGGGACUCGGCGACCGCUACCUAUACCGUGGCUUGCCCGGAUCACGCGGCAUUCAAGGCGAGCAGGGACAGAAAGGAGAGCAGGGCCUGAUUGGAUAUUAUGGCGCCCCAGGUGCGAAGGGAUUCGUGGGUGACAUUGGUCUUGCUGGCCUGUCCGGAAUGGAUGGCCUUCCUGGAGAUAAUGGAUUGCCUGGUGACAAGGGUCUGAGAGGUCCACCCGGAUUGGCCCUUACAGCGGAACGCGGCGAUGACGGUGUCAUGGGAUACGAUGGACUGCCCGGACGUCCGGGCCGCAUGGGUCAGAAGGGAGCACCUGGCGAGCAGGGCGAGUAUGGCCUGAACGGUGAUAUUGGACACCGUGGUCCCGAGAUCCAGGGCCCGCCCGGUGCCCGAGGUGAUGUCGGCUACCCAGGAGCUCCAGGACGCAAUGGUCAGUACGGCCAGACCGGUGAGAAGGGCGAGCGCGGAAACACUGGACGUCAGGGAAAUGUCGGCGAGGCUGGAUUUGCCAUCCAUGGCCGUCAAGGUGACAUUGGUGAUGUGGGCUUCCAAGGAGCACCCGGACGUGAUGGCGCCAAGGGAGAGAGAGGUUUCCAGGGCCAACCUGGCCGCUACGGAAUUGUGGGUGCGCCCGGACCACGUGGCCUUACAGGCGAUGCUGGCUGGAGUGGCAUUGACGGAAUGGACGGACUCUUCGGCAGGAAGGGUGAAGCGGGCGAUACCUACUCGUACGUCCAUGCCCAGAAAGGAGAUCGUGGCGAGCCCGGUCUGGACGGUUUCAAGGGUGAGCAAGGCGAUGAGGGCCGGCCAGGCCUGGAAGGCCUCUACGGUCUGCAAGGUAUAGCCGGCUAUCAUGGUGAUCAGGGUGAGAUGGGCUACGCCGGCGCCGAUGGACCACCGGGACCACGCGGCGACAUCGGUGAGAUUGGCCUGACGGGACGUCCUGGACUCCGUGGUCAACCGGGUCCCCCUGGUGACCCAGCUCCUCCGCCACCGAAGCCCAAGAGCCGCGGCUUCAUAUUCACGCGUCACUCGCAAUCGGUGGUUGUGCCCCGGUGCCCGGCAAACACCAACAUGCUGUGGGAGGGCUACUCCUUGUCCGGCAACGUGGCCGCCAGUCGGGCCGUCGGCCAGGACUUGGGCCAGUCCGGAUCCUGCCUAAUGCGCUUCACCACAAUGCCCUACAUGCUCUGCGACCUGAAUAAUGUCUGCAACUAUGCGCAGAACAACGACGACAGUCUCUGGCUGUCCACUGCCGAGCAGAUGCCCAUGACCAUGACACCCAUACAGUCCAGGGAUCUCAUGAAAUAUAUCUCCCGAUGCGUUGUGUGCGAGACAUCGACCAGGAUCAUUGCCCUGCACUCUCAGUCCAUGUCCAUACCGAACUGCCCUGGCGGCUGGGAGGAAAUGUGGACCGGUUUCAGCUACUAUAUGACCACCAUGGACAACACUGGAGGCAUUGGCCAGAACCUGGUCUCACCUGGCUCCUGUUUGGAGGAGUUCCGUGCCAAUCCUGUCAUUGAGUGCCACGGACAUGGACGCUGCAACUACUACGACGCUCUGGCCUCCUUCUGGCUGGCGGUCAUCGAGGAGCAAGACCAGUUUGCACAGCCACGUCAGCUGACCCUCAAGUCGGAUCCGACCAGCAAGAUUAGCAGGUGCACGGUCUGUCGUCGUCGCAGCGAUAGCUAUGUGACCCGAACGACAUCCACCUCCUCGUGGUCUUCGUCAUCUGGAGCCGGUUCAAGAACCGGUUCAGCAGGAGCAUCGCGAUCGGGAUGGGGAACUGGAUCAGGAACUGGAUCUAGCUCUGGCUCAGGCUCAGGAUGGUCCACCGGAUCAGGAACUGGAACUGGCUCUGGCUCUGGCUCAGGAUGGGCUACCGGAUCAGGAACUGGAACUGGCUCUGGCUCUGGCUCAAGAUGGGCCACCGGAUCGGGAUCUGAACCUGGUACUGGAUAUAGAUCGGGUCCAGGUUCAUCCUGGUCUUCGGGCUCUCCGACCAGCUGGUCAGGUGGUUCAUCAGUGCCCGACUAUCGGUCUGGACCAAUCCCACAACCACAGGUGCCGCCACCGGCCAACAUCUACAACGUGAGGUACAACAACCGUCGCCCGAACAACAGCCAACAGCAAAGCUUCAGCAACCAGUACGCCCCGCACGGCAAUCCACGACAGUACCGUCGGCGUCCGCGUGAGGACACAACCGCACCCUAAACAGCAGGCCGCAGUUCGAGAACAGUUUACGUACUAAGUAGCAGUUAAAUUUCGUUUUAAGUUUAUUGCCAUCAAUCCGAUGCUUCUGUUAAUCAACCAACCACGAGCAGUGCCAUCUUUUGUCGAGUAUCCUCUGAGGAGUUGUGUAAUCUAAUUACGUGGACAAACCAUAAUAAUACUUAUACCAAGAACCAAACGAAACAACCAAAAAGAAACGAAAGAGAAGAGACGAGAACAUAAUUUCCACUGCCCCUCGACUUGCCAUUAAAUGAUCCAUCUGCAAACUUUGUAGGAAAUAUU